CAACGUUUUAGAAGCUCAGUGGCUCUGUGCUGUACCCCGGCCUGGGAGUGAAAACGGUGCAAAUCGGUUCCAUCAGCUAAGUGAAGUGCAAAACGUAAAAUCGCAAAACGUCGCGCGUGUCUCUGCCACACAGAAUGAGUAAUCGCAAUAAUCGCAUGGUGUCGGCCGGCGAGCAGCAGCUGCCGACGCCGUUCAAGCUGUGGGGCGGCCGCUACUCCAAAGCAACCGACCACGUCCUGUCGAAGGUGAACAACUCGCUCACCGUGGACAAGCGGCUGUACUCGGAGGACAUCGACGGAUCGAUCGCGUACGCGAAGAGUCUGGCCGAGGCGGGCCUGCUGACGCAGAGCGAGUUUAAGGUGAUCGUGUACGGGCUGGACGCGAUACGGGACGAGUGGAGCAAGGGCACGAUCAAGCUGCUGCCGCGCGACGAAGACGUCCACACGGUGAACGAGCGCCGGCUGUUCGAGAUCAUUGGGCCGCAGAUCGCGGGCAAGCUGCACACGGGCCGCAGCCGCAACGAGCAGGUCGUGGUGGACAUGAAGCUGUGGAUGCGCAAUGCGAUCGCCGACCUGCAGCGCCUGCUGGUGGAGCUGGUCGGCGCCAUCAACGAGGUGGCCGACCGGCACAUCGACGUGCUGAUGCCGGGCUACACGCACAUGCAGCGGGCCCAGCCGGUCCGCUUCAGCCACUGGCUGCUGAGCUACGCGUUCUACUUCAAGGAAGAUUUCGACCGGUUCGAUGAGUUCGGGCGCCGGAUGAACGUGCUGCCGCUGGGCAGCGGGGCGCUGGCCGGCAAUCCGUUCAACAUCAACCGCCACAAGCUGGCGGCCGAUCUCGGCUUCGACGGCGUGUCCCCGAACAGCAUGAACGUGGUGAGCGAUCGGGACUUUGUGGUGGAGUUUAACUUCCUCUGCACGCUGGUCGCCGUCCACAUGAGCCGGCUGGCGGAGGAUCUGAUCCUGUACGCGACCAAGGAGUACAACUUUAUCGAGCUGUCGGAGGAGUACACGACGGGCAGCAGCUUGAUGCCGCAGAAGCGCAACCCGGACAGCUUGGAGCUGAUCCGCGGCAUUACUGGCCCGGUGUUUGGACAGCACUGUGCCAUCCUGAUGACGCUCAAGGGGCUGCCGUCCACGUACAACAAGGAUCUGCAGUGCGACAAGAGCGGCAUGUUCGCGGUGUACGACCAGAUGCAGAUGUGUCUGGUGCUGAUCGGUGGCAUCAUUCAGACGAUGCGGGUGGAUGAGGAUCGUUGUCUCAGCUCGCUCGGGUACGAGAUGCUCGCGACCGAUAUGGCCUACUAUCUGGUGCGCCGUGGCAUUCCCUUCCGGGAGGCACACCACAUCUCCGGCGAGGUAGUCGCCCACUCGGAAAAGGUAAAGAUCCCGAUUAACAAGCUGACGCUGGAGGAUCUGCAGGAAAUUAGUCCCCACUUUGACGAAACGAUCAGCCGCAUCUGGAACUACGAGAACAGCGUGGAGCAGUACACGGUGGUGGGCGGUACAUCGCGCCUGUCGGUGCAGGAACAGAUCCGGGUGUUGCGCGCGUUCGUGGAGGGACACGUACCGAGCUAAUUAGUGAGUCCAUCGAAGCAGACGACGAACCCCGAAUGUUUCUUUCGCCAGAAAACCCCCUCCAACCCGUAGUCAGUAAAACGAGUCGAUAUAACGCACUCUCUCUCUCUUUAGAUAUGUAUGUAUGUAUGUAUAUUUACGCAAGUAGUAGUAGCAGUAGUAGUAGUAGUUGCAGUGUAGUAGUAAUAGUAGUAGGCUACCAAAUAUUACAUUGUGAUCACAGGAUUGCCCCCUGACGACAGUGCGCGAUCCUCUCGAAACGCAUGCAAGUGUGUUGCUGUAGUUUGCUCUUGAUAUCUUGAUCGUUUGUCAAACGCGAACUACUCCCCCACCCCAUUCGGCAGGAAGGAGCAGCUAUCUAACUCUGCUGUUUGUGUUAAUGUUAGUGAGAGCACAUGUCGGACCUUAUGCACUAAGUGUGUUCGCAAGAAAGGAAAGUAAAAAAAAACACUACAAUGGAAAAAGGGCAAUAAUAAAUCUUUCGUUUUCGUAACAUUAA